GUCGAUUGAUCAAAGCAUAAGGGACUCCCCAACUUACUUGCAAACUGUGUCAAGAUUCUACCAUUAACAAAUUCAAGCAGUAGAUCCAAGAAUUAAACCUAAAUUGGCACUUCAGGAUGAGUUUUCUCAGCUCUGAUCCCUAGUUAUCAUUUCCUCAAAUAAUGUAUAUCGUGAUCUAGGUGCAGAGGACCACUCAUGAAUUCCUAGUUGGCAACCUUCGUUAGUAGGAAAUUAGAAGAGAAACAAGCUUAUUCCCUAUUUCGUAAACCCUGAUUGUACCUUUCUUUCCUCAAAACUUAUUGGCACAAACUUGGAUUUGACGCAGAUGAUUGUUCAGGAACUAAGCAACAAGGCAAUGUCGCCAGCGCGCAAUGCCUUUAUCUUCAAGCUCAGUCAAAAUCCUCAUCCCGACGUCUACCAACUUUGGUUCAACAUACACCAGUUGAUUUUCCUCUGCAACUCCAAACAUAAGUCGGCUCAAGAUUGUCCUGUCAUGGCUGUCGAAGAAGUUCCCAUCAACAUAAAUUCCUAGUCCUCGACGCACCAGAGUCAUCGUCGGAUAGAGCACUUCUGAUCAACGAGGAGAAGAGGGCAGAGACGACGCCGAAGAGUAGCUCCAACAACCGCCGUAGAAUAGGGAAGGAGAAUGAUGGGCGGGGAAAAAUGGAAUUUCCGAUAAACGCGGUGCUCAAGUGAAAACACAAUCCCCUAUAACCUCAAAACUUGAUAUUGGAUAGAGUAAGUUUUGCAUAAAACUAUUCGUUGAUGAAUCGUCAAAGCUCUUUGGGCUAGGCCUAGCAUUCAAAAAUGACUUCUGAUUCCAAUGACACUUGAAAAUGAUAUUUUUCCACUCACAUUUAGGAUAAAAAUAACUUCUAUGUGAUACAUUCAUGGUUGAUUUUAUAUAGAAAUCAUAUAAGAUGUCCAACAUGAGAUCAUUAGAGACUUUAGGUGUGUUUUUGUACUAUAUGUUGCCAAUUGGGUAGCUUUUGGUGAUUUUCAGGUACAAACAAGAUUAAAAUGAAUCAUGGAAAGAGCAUAUACCAUAAUAGAGCAAAGCUCAAUCCUGGUUUUUUCUCUUGAGUCCGAUGUAAAAUUUUUUGGGUUGUUGCUUAGGUUGGUUGCUGGUUGUUUUUGUUCUCUUAUUUGUGGUUGUCCGCUGGUUUCUCCAGCUGCUUGCUUUUCUCUGUUUUUUCUGCUUUUUUUUUCUUUUGGAUUUCCUGGCCUCUUCCAGUCAUCCCUUGUGACUGCUGGCCAGUCUUUGGCUUUUUUGUACUCUUUCUCUUAAUUCAAUUUCACCAUUAUAGAAAGAAAAAAAAAAUCAGUGGCCGAUCUACCACCCCAACCUAGAGUCAGAAAAUCCUAUCGGCAUAAUAAGCAAACGAUUUCCAUCUAUAAGUUUUCCACAUAUAUUUAGGCGAAUCCGAGUUCAAGAUGUAUGGGUUAUUGUCGUGCAAGUCAAGGAAAAGGAGUUCUAGUUCAUUUAAUAAGGAGAAAAUUAUUAGGCUUUUGACUUUGGGGAGUUAAUAUAAAUAGGGGGUUUGUAUUCAGUUGAAAAGGCAUAUGGAACUUCAAGUGGUGAAAAGUAUCCCCAUUUUGCGGUGAACUACGACCAGUUUUGUGAUCCCUAAACUCUAGUAGUUUAGCAUCGCAAGAGAAAAGAGUAGCAACCAUGUUGGCGUACUUUCUCUCUCUAUCAAGUUAAACACCCGACAUUGUGUGAAGUUUUUUUUUAUGGGAAGACAUUGUGUGGAGUUGGAACCCGUGUAUAUCCAUAAUUUUGUUUAGUAAUACAUCGACAUUAAUCUGGUUUCCUGAUUUGGGUCUAAUUUUACACUUUUUAUCUCUGUUUCUCUUUGGCGUUUGUAGCAUUUGAGCUCCAAAAAGUGUAGUUUUAUGCUAGGUUUGUUGUGCUUCAAUGUUUUUCAGAGUCUAAUAGGUGAAACCAAUCUCGGAGUCGAAAGUUGGGAGAAAAGGCACAAAGACCGGGCAAAGAGGAGGAUCCAGUCAUAGUUCACGGUCAGAGCUGCGAGUUCACAGUCGCCAGGACCAUGAACUGGAACCAUGAACCGCAAAGCGAAGGGAGUCCAGAGAGGUUUCAGAGGUUACUGACACCGAGCCAGUUCACAGUCGUAAGAAUGUGAACUAAAGCCAUGGACCGUGAACUGAUCAAAUGAAGGGGCGCUUUUUGGGUUGUGUUCAUAGUCCUGGCCUUAUGUUCACGACCGUGAACUGGGCACGAUCUGUGUAUAAAUGAAGAGCUGAAAGGAGAAAGCAGGAGAGCCCCAAGUGAGAGAAACCUUCUUCCUCUUGAAACCCUAGAGAGAAAGUCACGAACCAAGAGGGAGAAGAGGCUAGGGUUUGCUCCAAGUAAAGAUUUGGGAAGUUUCUCUGAAGAGAGGAUCUCUACAAGCACAAGGACAGUUGGAGGCAUCACAAUGAUGGUUUCUUUCUUUUUCCUUUGUGUUUUUCCUUUGUCUAUCAUGGAGUAGUCUCCCUUUUCACUUGGAUGUUGUAGAACCCUAACUUCUACCAUGUAGUUGAUUGUGUGGAUUGAAUGAUUAUGUGUGGCUGGUGUUUAAUUUAACACUUCAGGUAUUUUUCAUGGUGAUUGUGCAUUGUGUGUGCUUGGCAAUCUAUUGUGCUAUUCUAAUAUAUCUCAGAGAGAGACCUCAUUUUCUUAAGAGGCUCAAAUUGAGCUGGGUUGUCUUAGGCAUUCCAUGCCUCCUAACUAGGUUAAUGAAGGGCAAACCUCUAAACUCGAAUUAGACACAUAGGUUAAUUGUGACUAUGCCGUCCAAACCUUGGUUUGAGGGAGAAGGUAAGUCAACUCUCAAUUUCUUGGACCAGAAGGGCUACAAUUGUAGCCUAUAAUGCUUUCCUUGGCCUAGCAAUUGAGAGGAUGAUUUCCAACUAUUGUUGCACCUCCUACGGUUAGCAAUUGCCUUGUCGCACACCGAUUCAUUCGAUCCCACAGUUCAUGGUAGUUAGUUAGGAGGAAGCAACUCCCGAGUGAAGCUUCUGACCAAGAGUUUCAAAACUUUUACUUUUCAAGUCUUGCUUUUCUAUAGUAGAUUGUAGAGAUUCUCACAGACAACAUUCCGCAAAAUAAUGUUUCAAACAAUUGAAGUAGUGGUACAUGGACCAGCCCGAAUUGAUAUUUAAACAUAUUUGGCCUAUAUUACACUCAUUUAAGAUUUAUACAUGGGACUUAAGUGGGAUUUUAGUGUGAUAUUCAGGUUGUCAUUUCCCUCAAUCUAUUUUUGUAUAUGGACGACGGUUACCAUAUACCCCCUCCUAUUUGCUUGCGGUCGGAAGGCAGGUUAGUUAGGAGGUUGUAAUGAAAGACAGGAGGUGGCCGCUAAAAAUUUAGAAAAGCGGUUGAAAAAAGAAGGCGAUUAAUGAUGAAGUGAAAGCAUGUAUUGGUGUAUACGUAAUAAUCAUGCAUGGGAUCCUUUUGAUGAUGAUGACUUCUCCUGGAGAAAGAGAAGAGCACAGAGGAGAGAAUAUGAUGGCGAUGAUCAUCAUAUCAUAUCCGAUCGAUAUAUAGACAGUAGAUGAAACCAAAAACAGCCCCAAGGGGACCAGUAACGUAUAUAAUUUGAUCGAUCUAUAUGCAUAAUAAUUAUAUUCUUUAUAUAUGUUUUUCUUUCUUUUCUUUUUCUGGGGUUUUUGCUGGACCUUUCGUUGUUUUGUCAAUUUGCGUUUGGUUUUGUUGACAUCGAAAGUAAAGUAGGACAUUUGGGAGAAGUAAAAAGGGCAUGCGAUGGAAUGGAUUUCCCUUUCGCCCUUUUAUUUCCCUUGGCCUUCAUCUCCUUUCUUCAUCGCAAACAAACAAAGAUGGAUCGAGUCCCACUCCCAACCCAUGCCACUACUUCUGGCUAUAUAUGCAUAGCUUGCUUUUGAUCAAUUAAUUUUUUAUAUUAGGGAUGGUGAAAAUUUGAAUCCAUAAAUGGUGGAUUAAUCUCGUCAUCAUGGCAUCAUCAUCAUCAUAAACUCAUCUCCAGACCCUCUCUCCUUUCAUGGCCUGGACACAAACUACAGUUGAAUCUCAUUGACCAAAUAUAUAGUGCUUUAUGCUUAGUUCAAAUAUUAGCUUCUAAUAUGAUGUUGACGAAGAAGUAUUAUCAUCUACGGAUGGGUGUGUCAUUUGUCAUCUGUGGUCGUGUUUUUGUUUCAAGUUUGAGUUUAUAGUAAGGAUUGUUGAUCAUUACUCAAUAAUCUAAUUUUAAUUAAUAGGGUUCCUUGACACAUGCAUGCUUAGUUUAUUGGCACGGGUAAUUUAAGUGGCGAUUUUAAUGUGUACAAUAAAGCAGGUGGGAUUAGUACAUACCUAUGAACCCUGGAAAGCUAUUGCUAUUGACAUAAGCUAAUAAUAGAAUAGAGGUCGGCAUGCAGCUAGACUGAUAAAGCCUAUCAAGUGGUACAAAAUUGUCUGUUUCUGUCUGCAAUACAUAUAAUGGAGAGAGAGAGAGAGAGAGAGAGAGAGAGAGAGAGAGAGGGUGGGGAAUUUGCAUGUGCAUGUGGGAAUAAUGAGUGCAACAUGUCAGUCCAUGCAUGUGAUGUGAGUCAUUAGGGUAAAGAAAUGAACUCCACUACUAUAUAGCUAGGGUUUUGAUUAAGCUUUAACUUAUAAAUAGCAGAAAAAAAAUACACAAAGAAACUCCAUUCUAACUUCUAACUAUAUAGUUCAUCAGCUAACUGUUUGAAUACAAUUACACUCAUGAUCUAGUUAGUUUCCACUCCAUAUAUUUUUCGGUAAUAUUUGUGACAACUGAAGUAAGCCAAUUAAGUAAUUAACCCAGUACUCAACUGAAGCAAUGAUCAAUGGCGGAUUUAGAAAUUUUAAAUAGGGGUGUCCUCUUAAAAAAAAUUAAAUUAAAUCAAAAUAUUAAAUAUGAAAAUAUUCAACUAGUAAAAGUUAGAAUAAAAGUUCAAACAUGUUUCGUAUUAUGAAAGAAUGGUAAAAUACAUUCGGUGUAUACACUGCUCAACAAAUCUCUAGUGACAUAUCCUAAUAGACAAGGGUAACCCGUAAUUGAGUUUAAUCGUUAGGUUAUGAAAAUAAUUGGGGAUAAGAAUAGCCUUUUACAAUUAUAUUUUGAUCUAAAACAUAACUACAAAUGAGUGGUAGUCUAAUUGAAACUAUAUUUACUAAUAGUAGUAGUGUUCCCAAGUUCAAAUCACAUAGACCCUAUCACUUAAAUAUUAUUUGUACCCAUAUGCAGAAUACUAUAGGAGGUUGAAUGAUCAUUUUUCAUAUUUUAAGGGUGUUCCACUAUUACUAAAUUUUUUUACCCAUACACAAACUACUAUCGAAGGUUGGAUAAUCGUUUUUUCAAAUUUUAGUAGUGUCGCGGGAUACCCCUAAACCUCCAUAUAUCCGCCGCUGGCAAUGAUGGAUGGGCUACUAAUAACAUUGCAGAAAAUACAAAAUCAGAAAAUUUUACUGGGUUGGGUUGGGUGCUGACAGAUCCAAAUAAUUGCUUCUGGGAAAGAAGAGAAGAAGAGGGGAGGGGUGGGGUGGGAAGAGUGCAUGGCGUAUGGGCGGGAGCUUAAACUUGUCAGGUGAUUGAGCACAUCAAAGACUUAUUCUUCUUCUUCUUCUUCUUCUUCUAUUCUCGCCUAUAUAUCUGCACUUUUCUUUUUUGUGCUCCUUAUAAAAUAAUGAUAUGCAUUUGUUUCCGAGUGCAUGCAUUUGUACUUUUGUUCCCCAGUAGUGUUGUGUUGGAGAAGUGCGUCUCUCUAUUUGGUCAAUGGUAGUCAAAGCAGCAGACCCCCACGCUACCACGCCUUCCCACAGACGACAGAGUCGCACCAUUUUCCCACUUUCUAACACCUCAGCUUCCUGCAUGCUCCUGCCGUCCUGCCUGCGCCCACAAGAUUCAUAGAAUAUAUUUGUGUGCAAUACAAAUCACGUAUGGAGUGCUAGCUAGUGGGUGGAUAUUGACUAAUAUUGAUUGUAGCUGUUGGGAAUCCAAGACAACAAAGGUACACUACUUGUUUGUUUGUGAUAGUAAAUUAAAAGUGGCUGAUGCGAAUUGUAUAGCUUUCGCAAAAACAAGGGCGAUGAUAAUCGGUGUUUAUAUUAUCGAUUAGGCUGCACGAGGAUCAGUCGAAAACAUUGGUUUAUAUAUAUACACACAUUCUGCUUUAAUUUAAUUUGUACGUGUUUAAGUUUACUUGUAUACAAAAGAGAGCUGGCUCUCAGCUUUGAUAUACGUGAUUUUUGUCAUUCAGCGCAGAAAAAGAGAGCUCUCAGCUUUGUUUUACUAUGUAUGUAUGUAGCAAUUGAUGACUGCGAGUUAGGUAGGGUUAACACAAUAUGUACUUAGAUUAGGCUACGAAUACAAUUACCAUACUCGAUGGAAACUGUUGUGUAUUAUUAUUGAAAUUAUAUAGGUUUAUGUAGAGUACAGAAACUUAGUUCUAUAAUAUUAUGAUUUGAUAAAGAAUAUUACACUGCCCAAUUACAUAACAGUACUCAUAGUAUAACAUAAUACUACUCGUACGUACUACCCAUACUAUAGGAAUAAAAACCGGUUAAUCUUGAUUUACUGCUUGAUAGUAGCUACUAGCUAGCUACAUAGAUAAGAUAACCCUCUUCCUUUCUUCAAUCUAGAUUGGGACAAUGUUGUUGCGCGGUAAUUAAAUGUUACUAUUGGCUAGGUUGGUAGGUAGGUGAUACAUCAAUCAUUAGGGGCAGAAGGGGGCAAGGCAGAUAUACAUACGGUCGAAUCAGCAGCAGUCGUAGUACUCUUCCUCCCUCUCUGGUUUUGUAGGGAAUGACAGACAGGUUAGGUGAUAGCUAGCUUCAUGAAUAUAACAAGCAAAAAUCCAUGGCUUGGCGGAUCGAGGAUGGAUUGGAUGGAGUGGGACUAGCUAGUAGUAGUACUACGUCUACUACUACUCCAUCCGUUAUUAGGGUAUUAUUAUUGGUAGGGUGGCUGACAAACGUGCCCAUGAAGUUGGACUAGUUGGUACUACUACUCCAUCCCAUUUUUUCUUCUACCUCAUCAUUUCACAUUGCACCAUCUUAUCUAUGUACCUCAAACCACUGUAAAAAAGUAGGCUAUAGCAAGUGAGGGUAGUAGUGGUAGAUGACUGUGAUUAGGCGUAGAUUCAUUUACCUCUCUGAACGUACAAGCUAGCUUCAAAAGUAAUUAACAUUGGAACGCAUU